CAUACCUGUCUCGUGGGGCAUCGUGUCAACCGAACACCACCGUGCGUGUCAGCCAUGUCGCUCAUGCCUUGGUUCGGCGGUGGCCGGGGAGGGAUGGACCCCUUCUCCUCCGACCUCUGGGACCCCUUCGGCUCUCCUUGGCCCUUGGACGGCGGCCGCCGCGAAGGCGGCAGCCGUGACGACGCGACCGCCAUGGCUCGCACCAACGUCGACUGGCACGAGAACGACAAGGAGCACAUCUUCUCCGCGGAGAUCCCCGGGGUGCGGAAGGAGGACGUGAAGGUGGAGGUGGAGGACGGCAACGUGCUCAAGAUCAGCGGGGAGAAGACGCGGGAGGAGGAGCACAAGGGCGACGCCUGGAACCGCGUGGAGCGCAGCUUCGGGUCCUUCAUGCGCCGGUUCCGCCUGCCGGAGAACGCCAAGGCGGACGGCAUCCGGUGCACCAUGCAGGACGGCGUGCUCAGGGUCGUCGUGCCCAAGGACGAAGAGGCCCAGAAGCAGCGCAACGUCCGCUCCAUCGACAUCGCCUAAAGGCUAAAAGCACCGCGCCUACGCAUGCAGUCAACGGCUUCCUAGCGUGACAUAACAUCUCUUUUAUUAGCGUGUACUCGUGGUAGUAAUCUGUAUCGUGUGUUCUACUUUAGCAGUAAUGCUAGGUUAUUCUGUACGGUAGUUUAGAAGUGUGCUUUAUGCGCCAUAUAGCUGCUACGGCAUAUGGCACUUUUAA